CCAGAUCUGUGAGUCAGCCAGCCAUUCAGUCAGCGCCGCCACACAGAGAGUUAGAACCAGAGCCAGACAUGAAAACACAGCCGAGGGCGUAGAGCACCGAGGCGAAGCUAACACUGGAAACUCUCCGAAUCGGUUAUUUAUUUAGUAAAACAGAAGCAACAGAAGAAAGAACUCCGAGUGCAGUGUAGGUACAAAAUAGAAGGCCGAUUCAAAGACGUGCCCUUUUCAGCACCUCGGACAGAGCCCAGCGCAACAUGGCUCCCAUCGUGGCGGGGGAAGCGCAGUUUGCCAAGGUACCUGCUGCCGUGGGUAUCCUCAGUGCAUUUGGUCUGGUCUUCACUGUGCCCUUGUUUGCAUGGAUCUGUUGCCAGCGCAAAUCUGCCAAAGCCAACAAAACUCCCCCUUACAAGUUUGUGCAUAUCCUCAAGGGAGUGGACAUUUACCCAGAGAGCCUGAGCAACAAAAAUAAGUUCAGUGCAGACGAGAAAACAGAACUGAACUCCAAAAACACCACGUCCCCCACCGGUACUAAGAACGCACUGCACUUGGACCUGGACAAGAGAGACCUGAAUGGGAACUUCAUGCAGCCACACCCCAAGGUCCGGAGCUCGCCCAACCUGGACAUCCCUUCACCCCAGAAAUGCUUCACGGAGGAGGGUAAGGAGCUGGUGUCGCCCGAGAGUUUGCUAUCGAAUAAAGCACCUUCCCCAACCGAAAAACCGGACAAGGGAGCCAGACUGGGGACACUCUUCUUUUCUUUAGAAUACAACUUUGAGAAGAAGGCCUUCAUCGUCAACAUCAAGGAAGCGCACGGUCUCGCCGCCAUGGACGAGCAGUCCAUGACCUCCGAUCCCUACGUGAAAAUGACCAUCUUGCCAGACAAGAAGCACAGGGUCAAAACCCGGGUCUUGAGGAAGACUUUGGACCCCGCCUUUGAUGAAACCUUUUCCUUUUAUGGCAUCCCAUACAGUCAAGUGGAAAACCUGGCCCUCCAGUUCAUGGUGCUGAGUUUCGAUAGGUUUUCCCGGGAUGAUGUGAUCGGGGAGGUCCUGGUACCCCUGUCUGGGAUCGAUCUGUCUGAGGGUCGGAUUCUGCUGAACCGAGAGAUCAGCAAACGGAACGUCAGGAAAUGUGUCGGCCGCGGAGAGCUGCUGGUGUCCCUAUGUUACCAAUCCACCACAAACACCCUGACCGUGGUGGUGCUGAAAGCACGCCACCUUCCAAAGGCAGAAUCGUCCGAACCGUCAGACCCUUACGUGAAGGUGAACCUGUACCAGGGCAGCAAGCGGGUCUGCAAGAAGAAGACCCACGUGAAGAAGUGCUCCCCGAACCCCGUGUUCAAUGAGCUCUUCGUCUUUGACAUCCCCUCGGAGCGCGGCUUGGAGGACACCAAGGUGGAGCUGCUUCUGCUCGACUCUGGCCGGCUCUCCCGCAACGAGGGCAUCGGGCAGCUGCUGCUGUGCGCCUCGGCCGAGGGGACUGUGGGAGAGCACUGGAGGGAGAUCUGUGAGCACCCGCGGAGACAGAUCGCCAAGUGGCACACCCUGAGCGAGGGCUAGCAUCCUCCCAGUGGACCAACCAGGGCAGGACCGCUGUGUGCAAAGUGCGGCUAAUUAAUCAAUCACUCACUCACUAAAUUAAUUAGUCAAUCAAACGAUUGCUUUCAGCUCAACAAAGAACUGUCUGCACAUCCAACCAUCAACAAUCCAAAGACUAAAAAAAAAAAAAAAAUCAUGCUUUUCACCUACUACAGCAUUACCGUGUACAGCUGUUUGUCUGACUAUUAUAUUGUGAACUGUUAUGGCCAGAAACAUUCUUCUAUAUGGUGUCAUUGAUUUGUGUACUGUAGUAAUGUAUUAUUUUUAUUUUUAUCAAUGUAAUCAUUUAUUUAUUUUUAAUUUGAAUCUAACUAUUUAUUUAUCUAUUUAUCUUUUAUAUGCCAAUUGGAGCACAGCCUAAAUUAGGCAAUUGAAUGCAGAUGGUUAUUGAGACACAAGGGGCGAGGUUGCCUGUCUGGUAAUGUAUGAUAUACUGAGAAAGGGUUUGGCCACCCAGUCUGUGAGGACAGGGCAGCCUGGUACUGUAUGUAUAUACAACCUGCUAGAAAUCAUCUGACAUCUUGGGAACAGUUUUAUUUCAUAGGGUCACCCCUAGUACUCGAAAGAGAAAGGAGAAGGUCAAGGUCUUGGUAUAGUCACAGGGCGGGCGGGGCUAAAUUCAGAUAAUGGAUUGAUGUGACACAUAGUUUUACCUCUACUAAAAUGACUACCGAAUGAACUGGGAAAAGGUCAUGUAUAUUAGAUUGUUUCUCAGGAGCUGCACUUCCAGAAGAAAAUGUUCUGCACAGAAUGAUGUGGUCCAUGUUUUUUUUUUUUUUUGGUUCUAUAAAGACCUAUUGUAAUAUGUAAACAUGACCAAUAUGUAAACAUGUAACAAAGGGUUACAUAAAAAGGGCAGAUAUUAUUUAUUUUUUUAUAAAUAUAUUUUGUAUUAUUUACUAUAGUCUGUAUCGAGGUACAUAUCAUAAGUUGACAUUGGGCUCUAUUCUCAAAUUUGAACUCAUUUUUGAUUCAUUGUUUAAAUCUAUUUUUUAUUAAUUAAAGAAAGUGUUCUAUGCAUGACACUUUUCUAGACUAGUCUUGAUCUCUUCAACAACAGUCUAGCACACACUACAACAGACUAGAAGAACACACCCUCUAAAUGAUCCAUGAUGCAUUCAAGUUGUGGAAUAGACCCAUGAUGUUGUCAUUCACUGGAUGUGUUGUGUCUCGUGAGGGACAUUGUUUCGUGACUGAAUUGCAUUAUGUCCAAGAGGAUGUUUGCGUUAGGAAUGUACAAAUAGCGACAGAAGAUUGAUUAAGUCAAGCUUAUUCUUGUCAGAAAAUGUCUGUCUGGCAUACAAACAUAAUCGAAGUAAAGCCAUUGAAGCAAGUA